AUGCAUAUUCACAUCAUAUGCCGCACAGAGCUCUCAGAUCCUUCUGUUUUGAACAAGAAAUUGAUCACUUACAACUUCAAGGCACGUGAUGCCCAUAAUAACAUUGCUGGGGGAAGAGCCAAAGCCAUGACCAGGCAAAAAAGCCACCAGACGAACCACCAGGGACCUCCAAAUUCAUCCAUGAAGGACAUGAAGCGCAAGACGGGGGCGGCGCCAGACAUAGCAGUGAUGAUUUCGAUGGGAGAAGUGGCGGAGUUUGCUGAGGCGGAUAAAGAUGAAUUGCACACGGCAGCAAUGGUGUGGGAGAUUAAGGUGGUGGGGGUAGUCUAUGGCCAAAAAGUACGACAACAUCGUUACUACUACGUGACUGCUAAGGCUGGAGGAAAGAAUUACCCAGUAAAUGAUUUCCAGCAUCCAUCUGAACGAAGAAAAUCGUUCCAAUGGUCCGGGUGUAUUCGCGAACUUACCAUAUAA